CCAGCUCCAGUCCUGGCUCUAGCAUAGCCCUGCCACUUAGCAACCCUUCUGAUUGCAUCUCACGGCCCACCUCCUCCUAUUUAACUCUCCUCCUCCCCCUCCUCCGCCUCUUCCGUUCCUCCGGGGAAAGGCAGAAACAUCUGCAUCACCCUUCUCCCACCUCAGCCCCUGCUUAGGUAAUACAUUUUCCUUUUCCUUCUUGGCUCACUACUUCUGCUGCUGCUCUCAAGGUCAGAUGGGCCCCGGGAGGGAGGAGGGCUUGGAGGAGGAGGAGGAUGGGAAGGGGGAAACAGAGUGCUAGAAGCAACUUUAAACAGGCCCUGUGUGGCCCCCAUCCUCUCUUAAAGGCCUGAGUUAGCAACUAUGGGUGAGGAGAGUUCUGUCUCCAGCAGCUAUCCACCCAGCCUCCGGGUGUAAAAAAUCCACCCCCACUCCCCACCCCCAAGUCCUAAAAGCAGGGACGUGAGUGGCUGCGGCGACAAUCUGUUUUGCCAACCAGCAGGAGAGGGGGGUGGAGCCCAGGCGGUUUGCACUCUCUCCCUCUGCUCUUUGAAAACAACCAGAAAGACUUGAAAUGGGGUUGGGAGGGAAGGUUAGCGGGGGACUUGUCUUAGUCAUAAGGGUGGCUUGUUUUUAGAUCUGUAGAAGGAGGAUACUAGCUGUUCUGACAUUUGGGAAGCUGAGCCACAGGGUCUACAGCAGACAGCAGUCUAGAGUUACUGCGUGGCUUUCACCCUCUGCUACGAGCUGAAAGGCACAGCUUUCAGAAAUGUCAGAAAUCCUCCGGGAACUAGUCUAUGUUUCUGAAAAGGCAGCAAACAUUGCCCGGGCCUGCAGGCAGCAAGAAUCACUUUUCCAACUACUAAUAGAAGAAAAGAAAGAUGGAGAAAAGAACAAGAAAUUUAUAAAUGAUUUCAAGACAUUGGCUGAUGUGCUGGUACAGGAAGUUAUAAAACAGAAUAUGGGCAACAAGUUUCCAGGCUUGGAAAAUCACAUAUAUGGAGAAGAAUCCAAUGAAUUUACUAAUGAGUUGGGAGAAAAGAUCACAGUUAAAGUAUGUCCCACAGAAGAAGAAACUGCACAACUUCUUAGUAAAGUUCUCAGUGGUAAUAAGUUGGCAUCUGAAGCACUGGCCCAUGCUGUUCAUCAAGAUAUUUCAUUUACUGACCCAACUCUGGAUUUGGUGAAAAUCAACAUUCCACAAGAUAUCAUGGGAAUGUGGGUGGAUCCCAUAGACUCUACUUAUCAAUACAUAAAAGGGUCUGCUGACAUCAAGCCUAAUCAAGGGAUCUUUCCAUGUGGACUUCAAUGUGUAACUAUAUUAAUUGGUGUCUAUGACAGACAAACAGGGGUGCCUUUAAUUGGAGUCAUCAAUCAGCCAUUUGCAUCACAAGAUUUAAAAACACUCAGGUGGAAAGGGCAGUACUUUUGGGGCCUUUCUUAUAUGGAUUUCAACAUUCAUUCGCUUCAGCUUUCCAGUGAGAAUGGAAAUAACAGAGAAGCAGUCAGCCAGAUGACUGAAGAGGCCAGUUCUGGACCUAAGUUCAUCCAGCACUUUUCGGCCGUCAUUAGUACAAGUGAAAAGGACACCAUCAAAACAGCCCUAUCCAAAGUAUGUGGCGAAAAUGUAUAUGGGGCAGCUGGAGCUGGAUACAAGAGCCUUUGUGUUGUACAAGGUCUUGUUGAUGUCUACAUCUUUUCUGAGGAUACUACAUUUAAAUGGGACUCCUGUGCCGCUCAUGCCAUACUGAAGUCAAUUGGUGGAGGAAUGGUGGAUUUGAAGGAGUGCUUAAAAAGAAAAUCAGAAACUGGGUUUGAUUUACCACACUUGUUGUAUAAUGUGGACAAUCAAGGGGCUACUGGUAUAGAUCGAUGGGCCAAUAAGGGUGGACUUGUUGCUUAUAGAUCACAGAAACAGCUAGAAACAUUCCUGGAUCUGUUGAUUAAAAACUUGUCACUUUCUAGUACAUUAACAUAGGUGGUACCUGGAAUCACUGUAUAUUUGUCUUAUACCAUAACAGUAUUUCUAAUUACCUUUUUGUGUUGUUUCAUGGUUAAAUGUUUCAAGUUCUUCUUAUGAACUGCAAUCCCUAUUUGCACUUAAAAGCAACUUUUUUCUUUUACUAUGCAUUAAAAAUCACUAAUUUUGAUCUUUAAGUCUGAAGAAUUUUGUUUAAUGAUAUAAAUACUAACAUAUCAAAGGCAACAUUAGUUUACCAAAGACUGGUCCAAAACAUAGAAUAUUUAAAUUAAGUGGUAGAUUCUUUGAAUUAUGCUAAAAAUCAGUUUUGAUGGGAAAAGACAUCAAUUUCUGUGGGAAAUGGGUAGUGUUUUUAAUCUACACCCAAUGAUUUAUUAUCCAAUUUUUUUUAAACCCUUACCUUCCAUCUUAGAAUCAAUACUGUGUAUUGGUUCCAAAGCAGAAGAGUGGUAAGGGCUAGGCAAUGGGGGUCAAGUGACUUGCCCAGGGUGUCACACAACUAGAAAGUGUCUGAGGUAAGAUUUGAACCCAGGACCUCCCAUGUUAGGUCUGGCUCUCAGUCCUCUGAGCUACCCAGCUGCCCCAUAUUAUCUAAUUUUUAAAAAUCUAACUUACAAAGAGUUUGGAGAAAAUAGUCUCUAUACCAUGUGAUUCUUUGCUCAUAUAAAUGUUGCUGACUGCUAACUCUUAUUAAAAUCAUCGGGUAGAGCCUACUCCUAUUUUGUGGUCUUUUAGAACCAGCUCUACUAACUAGGAAGAUGAACAGAAUGGGAGGAAAGAAGUUUGAGUUCAAGGAGACAGUGAGAGCAUCAUGGAAACUAAGAGGACCAAAAGCAGAACCGGGCCCUUCAAAACUUUGCUUUCCCUUUCUCAGGAAGAUUGCCUGACUGUUGUCUGCCCUGCGCCCUCUGGUGGCUAUUAGGAGUCCUUGUCAUGCUCUCUAUCAAUAUAAAGCAUUGGACUUACAGACAAUUGACAUUACAAUUCAGUCUAUCUUCUAAUUUUCUUCACCUUUCCUUUUAGGAUCCUCUGACUUUCAUAGUGUACAAAUAAAAAUUACUUAAUCCAAAUCAAUCAAUAAGUAUUUAUUAAGUGCCAUAAGUGCUAAGGAUAUAAAAGGAAGCAAAAAGUCAGUCCUUCGCCUCAAAGAAUUCCCAGUAUAAUGGAAGAGCUUACAACUGAAUGGAUGAAUCAAGAAAUAUUUAUUCUGAUAUUAUCAAAACAGUCCCUUCUCAUAUAAUGGCUUUCCCUCCAGAGAUGAGAAAAGUAGAUUGGUAGGAAUUAUUACCUAACUAGUGAAGACUAGUUAAGGAAACUGAAACCGGAUACUUCUCACUCAUGUAAAUCAUUUAAUUUACAAAAUGUUCAGUUGGUCUUUUUGCUGAAAAGCUUCACACAAACCAGUUUGGGGUUGUAAACCAGGGUAUUUUAUUUAUUUUCUUAUUCUUUUUGAUUAUUUUCAUUACUGUGUAAUAACAUGCAUGUGAUUAAAAACCAAACUGGAAUAAAGAACUACAUUGCAUGCAAUAA